GGUCGGGGCUGUGGUCUGGUCGGGGCAGUCUGUCUGUCUGUCCGGUCGGUGGCCAUGGCGUCCUCGUCCCGGAGGCUGCAGACCAAGCCCGUCAUCACCUGCCUCAAGACCGUCCUGCUCACGUACACCUUCAUCUUCUGGUUUACAGGUGUUGUCCUUCUUACAGUUGGCAUCUGGGGGAAGGUGAGCCUGGAGGUCUACUUCUCCCUGUUAAAUGAGAAUGCCACCAAUGUCCCGUUCAUCCUCAUUGGCACAGGCACGGUUAUUUUCCUCCUGGGGACCUUUGGCUGUUUUGCCACCUGCCAUGGAAGCACAUGGAUGCUGAAACUGUAUGCCAUGUGCCUGACCCUCGUUUUCUUAGUUGAGCUGGUGGCUGCUGUGGUAGGAUUUGUUUUCCGACAUGAGAUCAAGAGUAGCUUUUAUGCCAACUACAUGGACACCUUAAAAGGAUACAAUGGGACGAAGGAUCACAGAAGUGAGGCAGUGAACACCGUCCAGAGAACCUUGCAGUGCUGCGGUGUCAGUAACUUUACAGACUGGAACAAAACUGACUAUUUCAAAGAGAAAGGAAUUCCUCAGAGCUGUUGCAAGGACCCAGGGGACUGCAGUGAGAGUGAUCUGAAAGAUCCAAGUAAAUUCCCAAGCAAAGUGUAUCAUGAGGGCUGCCUUUCAAAGGUAACGACUGUCAUUGAGUCCAAAAUGAGCAUUGUGGCAGGGAUUUCCUUCGGUGUGGCUUGUUUCCAGCUGAUCGGGAUCUUCCUUGCCUGUUGCUUUUCCCGCUCCAUCACAAAUAACCAGUAUGAAAUGGUGUAACCAAGUUGGCACGUAGGACGGCCGCCUUAGGAUCAAGGACACUCUUUCCCUUCUCUUCCUUCUGAAGAAAGCACUUCACGGCCUUCUUCUAUCCCCAACCUGCUGAAAUCGCAUUUGAACACCGAUUCCCCCAAGAGCUACUCAAACAAUUACGAGGCCCGCGUCGGCUCCAUCCGGCCCAGGGUGCUGUUAGGCCGGAGAGCAUUCCGGGCUAAGAGUGCCAACCUGGCGGGAGCGAAGUCCUAAAAGCUGCACCAUUCCAGUGCCUUACCCCUUCCUGGUCAGAGCGGUGCUCUGAGGGAGAUCUUCCACUAGAUUAUGAAAUGCUACCUCGAGGUAAUUGGCUGUGAUACAGAUCUUAGCUUUACUCUUGGACCGUCUCCUAGCUGUCUGGUAAAGUGACUCCGCUCUCCCUUUCCCUCCCCGCUCAUUAACUGACACUUUUCAUCUUGAUCGACUGGAAAAAUGUGUGACUGGCCUCAGUAAGAUUCCAGGCUCACGUGCCCAUUUGUCCUUUCUGCUCGACCGACAGGAAGCAGGAUUUCAUUGUGCAAUUCAGCCCCUGCCCACGACCCAACCCAAGGGUCCAUCGAUGAGCCGCCAGACCCUGGCAACCAUCUUUGGCCCAACUUGCCCUCCGCUAGGCAGGUCUUCUGGGCUAAACAGGAUUCUGCCACCCUCCCCCCUUCUUUUCCUUUUUGUUCCUUUUUGUUCUAUGGUUUUGGAGGGAUCUUUUCCAUUUAUUAUUUCUUUUUGAAGACCCUAAUUCCCUCUUAAUCGUGCUGUAGCAAUUUUCUUUUCUACUGCCCCACCCCCUCUUCCCUCUUAAGUUGUAGCAGGGCCUUGUGGUAUAGCCGAGAGUCCCUUUAGCCUUAAAUGGUAUUCAUCCAACAGUUGACAUGACUUAAUUGUCAGUAUUAUGUGCUGCUUUUUUUUUGUUUUUUUUUUAGGUUUAUUUUUUUUUCUUUUGGUCAUUAAAUUAAAAUUCCAAUUGUCCAAUCACAAUAAAUGUUUUACUAUUUUC